AUGUCUAUGGAACCACCAGUAGGGCUUACGGCUAUGCCCGUUACCAAAUUAGCCAUGAUCACGACGCUUGUGGUGCCCUUGAUGGCCUCGAUUGCAAAUUACAAGCACAUAUUUCUAUUGCAGUAUGACCCCUUCCUACAGACGUACCAUCAAUACUACCGUCUGUUCAUAUUCCAGUUCUGCGCCAUUAACGAAUCAGACGCAAUCUUACUGGCGCUGGUCUGGUAUCUGUUUAGACACCUGGAACGGCUAUUAGGGUCCCAUAAGUACUUGACGUUAAUUGUACUAUCAUGGGCGUACACCACGUUUGUGAUAUGGGGGUUGAACCUGAUCUGGAACUCCUUUUUAGGACAGUACCAGUGGCUACAGUGGAACAGUUUUACUACGGGUUCGUUGCCCAUCGUAUUGAGCCUAGUGCACUUUUACAAAGAAUACACUCCUCAAAUUUACGAAUGGAACAUAAGACUACUGGGCCCUCGUGGAGGGUCGACAAGUAACACCGAUAAUAAACAAGAGGAAAAGGGCGCUGUGCAGUGGAAAAUCAACGACCAGUUUCUUUUAAACGGACUUGUCCUUCUGCUACUACUGAAUCAGGGGAUUGCAGGGAUACUAUGCGGGUUCAUAAGCUGGGUAUGUGGUAUUUUCAUCGAUAAAGGAUUGCUUCCAGGACUAGACCAUUGGCGAGUACCGUUUGUAUCCCACUGGAUCUCCCAAGGCCCACCUACCAGGGCCAGCGUCGCCAUGGCUGCCAAUGCGGCUACGAGUACUGCAGCAGCAAGAGCCAGCGCAGAUGCUGCCAUUGCCAUCGCAGGAAGCAGUAACACAAAUGGCACUGGUCCUGUAAGUAUGCCACUACGUGGUUCAAGCGCAACUCCCACGGAUACUUCCAACGCUGGUGAUGACGAACCAGGUGCCGAUGAGCCCGCAAGACCAUUGGGAGUCCAAUUCCUGGACACUUUCAGAAGAUGA